AAACAGGUUAUUUGUCAUUGUGGUUUUCUUUGAUAUAAACAAAGUUUGGUUUAGAUUUUGUUUUGAUAAUUUGGUCUACAGUGCUGGGUUAUAUAGUGGCGGCAGCAUAUGCGGUACAUACGGACACUGCGAAACGGUAAAUACAAUGCAUGUUUCGUUAUUCAUUUGGGACAAAUGUACGACAAGGUGCUACCUACAAACUUACAAAGACAAAGAUGGAAGAAAAUAUUUGUGGAUGCCGUUUUUUAAAGUGUCAUCAAAGAUUAGCAUACAAGAAGCAAUCUCCAAGAAAAUUUCCGUGUUGGGUUUAAAAAACUAUAACUUGAGCGGAAUUCUGGAUUUUACAAGAUUUCCAUGUUCCAACAAUGCAUGUACCAGCAACAAAGAUUCCGAAAUGUCAGAAAAACCAAAAGUUUGUUCAUGUGAAGACUGUGUAUGCUGUGGAGAAGAAGUUCUUAUAACUUACAUGGUCUCAGUUGAAGAGAGUAGUGCGGGAACUACUUUGGGUGACACAACUGAACCUGGAGAUGACUUUGAUACGGUCCCGGUUGAACUGAACCAGGAACUUACUAUGGAUGUAGAAGGAGACACCAAUGGAUGGUUUGGCGUGGAUAUGAGUACUGACAUGUUGAAUACACCUGACCAGUGUACAAUGCUUGGCCCUGAACCAUUACAUUACCUUUCUCAAGUUACUGAGCGAAAAUUAGAUCCAAUUUCCUGUGUGAGGUUUCUCGACUUACCAGCUUCUCAAAACUGUCUUCAGAAUUCUGUGUCUUCACAAAUAUUGACAUUGAAUUCGAAUAAUUCCGAUGCAAAACCAGAUGAAACUUUAUCUCACAAAUCUGCAUUACCGAUUCACAUUGAAGAACUCAACCACAAAGUUCCCGUACCGUUGCAAGAAUCGUUGGGAAUUAUUGCUUCGUUUACAGAGCAAGAAAUUCAAUUUUUGCGAAGACUUUUUUAUUCCUCUGCAUUUCCUUCCUGUUUUGUAAACCAGGAAAAGUUUUGUGAAGAUUUGUGCAAAGUAUGUUUCGUCGAAAGCGAUGAAGAAACAAGAGCUGAUUAUUUUAGAUCAAUGUGUAUGUGCGAGGAAAGCCAGAAGUUUAUUUCAUUUCAAGAGUUUCUUCUUUGCAUUUACUUCAUGCAACCCCAGAUACAACAUGGGGGGAAAAUGGCAGAACACAGAUGUCGAUGUAUAUAUCGUUUCUAUGAUCGCUCGUGUGGAGGACACCUAGUGUUUGAAGAUUUCUUACGAAUGUUAUCGGACAUAAAGAAGAACAAAGGUCAACUUGUUGAACGAGAACAAUUAGUUACGGAGGCAAAGAAGUCGGCAAAGUUAUUUGGAGAUCACCCACAACCACAACUCACACUCGAUGCUUUCCUAGAAACAGUUGGUCAGUUAAAGUUUCGCGGAACGUCAGGUUUAUACAGAAUGCAUGAAAAGCCAUGGAUGGUUAAUCUUAAGAGGGGACGAGAGUCACCUGGACAUGACAUCACAAGUUGUUUAAACUGUUCAGGUGGGGAAUCCCCAGAGGUGAAAGUUCAACCGAAACGAAGACGAACUUUGGACAAAGAUCAAAUAUCAAGUUUGAUAGCAAUGGAUGAUAUCAACAUUCCCCAAACCCCACCCCAUGAUACAUUGAACGAGGUUGAUGAACCUUACACGCUUGCUCUACAUUCCGUCAAAGUUCGCAGAACAGGAACCACUGUGGAAGCAAAGUCUUUGUGGGAGUUAGGGGUUUCGGAUUCAGUGCCUGUGACACCACCAACCGACGCGAAUGACUCUCCGUUCCUUUUACCUCCCGAGAGAGUUAAGUUUUCAAGAACCGCAAGCGUUCAAGCGUUUAACAAACGUUCGCAUGCCAACGAGAUGUUGAACGGACUUCGUUAUUUUGAGCGACCUCUUAAAGCAAGUCCCAACCAAAAGGAAAAGCCACAGUUCUCAUGGGGUGAUGUUGAUAUGACGGCACUCGCAAAAUGUUUAUCUGCUGUUUGUAGAGAAGUUAAAACAAUAUUUCAAAAGGAAGACAGAUUACUGAAGUUACAAGCCCCAACGUACAUCCUGGGUGACAUCCAUGGUAACCACCAUGAUCUUGUAUGUUUUGAGAAGUCAUUAUGGAGGGUUGGUCCGCUGCUCACCCCGUGUCGAUUCCUAUUUCUUGGAGAUUACGUGGAUAGGGGUGAAAAUGGGGUUGAGGUGGUGGCGUACUUGUUAUCACAGAAGAUUUUAUGCCCAAAUAAGAUUUUUAUGGUUCGUGGCAACCACGAGUUACGAGACAUCCAAGUUGCUUUCUCGUUUCAAACAGAAUGUGUCCGAAAGUUUGGUGAAAAUCUUGGAAUAAAAGUUUGGGAGCAAAUCAACUCAUGUUUUGAUAUGCUGCCGAUUGCUGCCGUGGUUGAUAAUAAGAUUUUUACAGCACACGGGGGAAUUCCCAACUCCGAUACCUAUGCAUCUUAUAAUAAUGUGGUUGAAGCAAUUAACAACAUUCCCACCCCACUAUCCAACCCUGAGGUUGAAAGCCCGCUUGCGUGGGAACUUAUGUGGAAUGAUCCAAUUAGAUUAGACGAUUAUCCAUUGGAAGAAUUGAAAGAUGUUUCCAGAUCCGAGGGAUUUGUUCACAACCACAGAAGAAAGACAGCUAGUAUGUUCACAUCGGCAGCACUGGAAAAGUUUCUUGCCAGCAAUAAAUUCACCCACGUUAUACGUGCGCAUGAGGUCCAACAGAUUGGCUUCAAGGUUCAACAAAAUGGGAAACUCCUCACAGUGUUUUCCUCCUCACGAUAUUGUGGUGGUUCAAACGAAGCUGCGUGUAUUUUAGUCGAUGAAAGAAAACUUCGCACCAUACGUCUCGACACUACGUAACUAUAGAAAUGUUAUACCACGAAUAAUUUGUGGUAUUUUUGUCCUGUGGUCAACUUGAAAAAGGAACGUGUUUUAACUUAAUGAUGAAACAGGUACAUUACAUAUCAUUAUUACUACAAUUAACCUGAAACAAAGAAACCUGAUGAGCUGCAAUGAUAAUAUGAACUGCAUGAAGCCAUUAAGUGGAAAAUAGCAGUACGCUUACUCUUUUGUCAUUAUAAAGAUUUUUAUGGCAAUUUUGUAAUUGUUUUAACAUAUAGCUAGAUAUACCAAAAAAAGACCAAGAUAACUGUUUAAGCACAAAGCUUAAUUGGUAAUUACACAUGAUUGUGUCCAGUAGCAUUUUCAAACACUGUUUUUAUUUAGGUUGCCUAAAUAUAUAUUUAACUUUUCCAGACUUUUCUAAAACUAUUUAAUCAUGUUGCAGUAAAGAGUGUUGUACUUUGAAGUUUUUAUUAAUAAUUUGGCAUCAUUUUGUUUAAUUCUCAAUUGUCCUAUACUUUGAUUUGGCCAUUUCAGUAUUAUACAGACUUCGAUAAAGAAGCUAUUUUUCUAUUUCAUUUUCCAUAACACCAAAAUUCUUUACCCAAACCAAUUUUGCACACUAAAGUAAAAUUUGAAAUUUA